ACGCCACGUCACCUCCGCCGAAACUAAAGCUAAAGGCCCAUUUGUAAUCAUAGGCCCAACAAAUGCUCAACGUGGCAGCAAAAAGACUAGACACGAAGUUUGCCCACGUGUUGUGCUCGCCGUAAAGAGAGAUCUCUUAUGUGUUUUGCAAAUUGACCUGAGGCUUUGAUGAUGAUAUGAUUAAACUGAGUCGGAGAAUCUACAAGGAUUGAAAAAGAAUGGCGUCGAGUAUCAUUAAACCAGCGUAUGCUUACACGGUGGUGUACGUUAGGGACGUAGCGAAAUCCGUAGAAUUCUACUCGAGAGCCUUUGGUUACAACGUUCGUCGUCUUGACGAGUCCCACAGGUGGGGAGAGCUAGAGAGCGGGCAAACAACGAUAGCAUUCACACCGCUUCACCAGCAUGAGACGGAUGACCUAACCGGUAAAGUUCAGUCUACGUGUUCAGAACGUGAGAGAGCACCCCUUGAAGUCUGUUUCUGUUACCUUGAUGUUGACGCGGCCUUCAAGAGGGCUGUGGAGAAUGGUGCGGUGGCAGUGAGCGAGCCGGAGGACAAGGAGUGGGGCCAGAAGGUUGGAUACGUUCGAGACAUUGACGGAAUUGUUGUACGCAUCGGAAGCCACGUUAAGUGAACACCAUACAAACACUAGAUCACAGAACAUGAUCAUUAACAAUAUAAAUAUAUAUGCAUGCAAAUAAUACAAGAUACUAUGGUUUUCUUCUUCCUUUUGUUGUUGAUGGGUACUCUUAUCCAAAAAUAACAGUUGAAAAUAAAAGGUUUUGGCAAUGUAC